CUCGGAGGAGAAGCCGCGGGCAGGGCCCGGCCCUCCCCCCCCCCCGCCCGUGUCCACGGUAACGCCGGGGCCGCCGCUUCCUGCAGGGCCCGUGUGGCUGCCGGCCCGGCGGGACUGGGCCUCGCUGCCCCGGGGCUCCAGGCACUGUCGCUGCCCCGGGGCUCCAGGCACUGUCGCUCCCGGGGCUCCAGGCACUGUCGCUGCCGGGGCUCCAGGCACUGUCGCUGCCCCGGGGCUCCAGGCACUGUCGCUGCCGGCCCGGUGUUACCUGGGCUCGCUGCCGGUCCGGCCCUCGGUGCCCAGCAUGUCGCAGGCCACUUACGUCAAGAUGUGGGCAGACACCCAGAGAGAGCUGGACAUCAUGCUCCAGAGGGAAAGAGAGGAGUUCCUCCAGCCAGAGGAGGACCAUGAGAAAGUGAUGAAGAUGCUGGCCACUGCCUACGUGCAGUACCUGGAAAUCUUCCGGAACCUGGAGGUGGCCCACAACCACCUCCUCCACCAGCAGAAGCGGGCGGCGGUGCGGCAGGCGCUGGACGGAGUCAUGGGCCGCGUCCUGGAGAUCAAGAGGGAGAUGGUGGCCCUGGAGAAGUCCGAGUGUCACUCCAUGGAUGGCAUCCUGAUUGAGCUGAAGCGCAUCCCGGAAGACAUAGAAAUACCCAUCCCAAAGUAUUUCAUUAAAGAAAACCUGAGAAUCCUGCAGGAGAGGGAGGAAUACCUGCAUGAGAUUUUGCUGAAUGCUGGUUUGCUAGAGCAGGAACCUGUCACAGGCAUGACACUUGAAGAAGGCAUUAAAGUGAUCCAGGUGGCAGAACGGGCUCGCCAGGGCCGCGCUCGAGCAGCGUUCAUGAAGAGAAUUUACCUUGAAGAGAAAAGAGAAAGUAGAAAAGCGGAGCAAGAGACGGGUAAAAAUCAAGAUGCUGCUGCCACUUGCAUUCAAAAGGUUUGGCGUGGGUACAGCCAGCGCAAGAAGACAGAGAAACUGAGAGAGGAGGAAAUGAUAUUUCUGGGCAUGAGCCUGCCUCCUGACUUGGAGGCAGUGAGCAGUUUGCAGAAAGCAAAUGUCCUGCGAGGUAAAUUCCAGGGAAGAGAGGACUUUUGCUUCAGGCAAGAGCUGAGAGAAACAGAGGGGCCCCACAUCAAGGAAACCCUCCAGGACCAGAUCACCCAGUGCUUCCUCGAGUGCCGGCAUAUCACGGGCAGGUUUCCUGACUACCCCCCUGAGAAGACAGGUCGUUCCAAGGCUAUUUUUAUUGAAAAACAUCCAGAGCAGGUCGCUGAAGAGCUGGCUGCCAAAAAGGAGGCAGAGCAAAAGGAGAAGGAGAAGGAGAAGGAAGGGAUAACCCAGGAAAAGGAAGAGGCCAAAGAGAAAAAGCCAGAAAAGGAUGGAAAGAAGGUGGUGGAAAUAGGCUGGAAAAUGGGUCCAAGCAAUUUCCUGUCGAUACUGGAGGAAGGAAGCUCUCAGUACCAAGAUUCUGUUCUGAUACAACAUGGAAAAAUAUCUUUUCUGCUCCCCACUCUUCAGAUCUUUUGGGAGAAGAGAGAUAACAGAUCGGAUUUUCUCCAGGAUCACGACCCGGAGCUGAUCAAAGGAGGGGAACGGGAAGAAGUGGAGGAAGAGAUCAGAGUGCAGGUCGAUGAAGUGAUGCAAGAGAAGCUGUUGAAUAUCAAAAAGGCUCUGGAUGGAGAGACAGGUCCUCAGGGUAAAGCUAAGAAAGGUGAAAAGGGAAAAAAGACAGCUGGGAAGAAAAAGAUACUUGAGCUGGAGAAAGAUUUGACUCCUGACAGGACCGUUGAGUCCCUGUACCAGCAACUCGCAGAAGAAGGAUUGCUCAUCAGAGUCAAGAAUGUCAAUCUCUCUGACUACAUUGGUUACUACGACUGCCUGAGGAGCAUCCUUCAUGAGCCAGGUGCCCAGCCCAGGCCCUCCAUCCCAGAAGUCAGACAGCUCGUGGCACUCUAUGGAAUACUGCCCUUGGGUUCCCAAACCGUCCAUGAGAACGCUCCUUUGGUGAAAUCCCUGUUGCUGGCGGGACCUGCUGGUGUUGGAAAGAAAAUGUUGGUCCAUGCCAUCUGCACAGAAACAGGAGCCAACCUCUUCAACCUCACUCCUUCCAACAUUGCUGGGAAGUAUUCAGGCAAGGAGGGCCUGAUGCUGCUGCUUCACAUGAUUCUCAAGGUGGGCAAGGAAUGGCAGCCUUCAGUCGUGUGGAUUAGAGACGCAGAAAAAAUGUAUUCCAAAGGGGCAUCGAAGGCAGAAGAAGAGGUGAACUUCAAGCGCCUGGCAAAGCUGCUGCCCCAGCUCCUGAAGGCUGUGAAACCCAAGGACAGGGUGCUGCUCGUGGGGACCACCAGCAGACCCUUCAGUGCCAACCAGGGACCUUUCUGCAAAGCUUACCAGAAAAUCAUUCUCAUUCCAAAACCUGACUACCUGACAAGAUUUGCACUGUGGAAGCACUACAUCCUGCAGAGAGGUGGGGUCCUCUCCAAGCUGCUCAACCUGAACUGCCUGGCGCGGGUGUCGGACGGCUUCACGCAGGGCCACGUGGUGGACGUGGUGCACACCGUGCUCACCGAGCUGAGGCUGCUGCAGAUGGCCAGGAAGCCCCUGAGGACGGCCGAGUUUGUCACCCCCCUGGCCAGGCACGACCCGGUGUACACACAGGAGGAAGAAAUGUUUCAGGCCUGGUAUGCCAAGACCCCGCUGGGGAAAGCGUGGAGCGCAGCACAGGCAGCAAAAGAAAAAGGAAAAGGAAAGCAAGGAAAAGAAAAGAAAGGAAAAGGAAAAAAGUAACUUCCUCAAGGAUUUUUCACCUGGCCCUAUUCAGUCACAACACUACCUCGCUGGGAAGGCACGGCAGAUUAAUGCUCCUCAAGUUAUAGGUAUUCCAGGGAAGGGAAUUCCUCCCUGAAGGAAUUUUUCAAAGUUAAAAAAAAAAAAUUAGACGAGCUGUAGCAUGUAGCUCUCAGAGGAUAAAGAGUUAAUGACCACUGGCUUGCUCAAGCAUUAUUUAUUCUAAGAGAUUUUAGGGGGCAGAAGGGUUCAUUACUCAGGCCUGUAACAUGCCAUCAACUUUUAGGCCAUACUCAUUUAUUUCGGCAAGUAACUCUCCUUAAAAAUUGAUGUCACUUUAAUGUCUUUCAUUACUUUAAUAUCCUAUAUGCUUUAUAAAACUAACUGCUUUAUAUGUCUGUGGGUCUGAAAUGUUACAGUCCUCAAUAAAACCAUUACAGCUACAAA